AUGGAAAUUGCUGCUGGAAACCCUUUAGACGUCCCACAUAUACAUGAUCUAUCUGCCGUCAUACCUGAACUACAAAAACAAGCACAAGAUCUUACGUCUCAAGCCGAGCAAGUUGAUCCAGGUGACUAUUCCGCCGUUCCGUCUAAGAAAAAAUCCAAAAAGGGCAAAAAGGCUAAGCAGAGCUGUUCGGUUGAAGAAAAUGAGCAGACUGAGAUACAAAAAAGGGAUGGACCAUUACCUAGUGUUAAUACUUCUACAACGCUCGAAGAAGAUUGGCCAAAGGAUUCGAACGACGAACCUGCAAUGAAGGUUCUCCAGGAGAAGUCCGAAACGUUGGAUGAUGGAUGGGAGCGCUCCACUAGCAAGAAGAAGGGCAAGAAAGGAAAGGUGACCAAGCAAAGCAUUUCGGUUGAGAACAGCAAGGCCACCGAAAUUCAAAGACGACAGCAAUCGCUACCUUACAUGGCUGCGUCUGAAGCGCCUGAGGACCAUGAAGCCAGGAAAUUGAUUGACGAGUCUGCAGUCGAUGUCUCCCAGCCCAAGACUGAGCCCCUAGAGGACGAAUGGACGGCCUCCAACGACAAUAAGAAAGGCAAGAAGGUUGAGAGGCAGAGGUCGAAGACAUCAAGUUUGGGGCUUUCACCGGACGAAACAGAGCAUCAAUUCGAGCGACAACCAGACGCCAGAGAUGACAUGAACGAUCGCGCUUUGUCCUUGGCCACAACGCGGACCUCCCAAGAAGUCGGUGCUAUGCUAGGACUCGAUGAAACUGAAGCCUCCAUCGAAGGCGAGUCGAAGGAAGCCUUCCCAAUUGAGUCUCACGCAGAGCAUAAUCUACGGAAGCCUUCAGAAGAUCAUAUUUCAGGCAGCUAUGAACAGAAACUGCCCGUCUCAUACGAGCCAGAGACUCCGCACUCUAAAGACGCUCCUGGAAAGGCGCAGGAUGAUGGAAUAUUCCUGAAUCUGCACACGCCAGUCGCUGGCACAAAUGCUGCUCAACGUGUACAGGACAUCUUGGUGGGGGAGAACAAUGCGGAGUCUGCUACUGAUGCUAAGAGGGAAGCCAUGGUGGCAUCCACGAGCAUGGAAGAGAAAGCUACUGAUAGGCCAAUAAAAGAAGAUGAACUGGUUGGGGAUGCGCCAAAAAAGAAGAAGAAAAGCAAAAAGGGUAAGAAGAACGAAAAGUUCUCAUGGGACGAGCCCGAAAUCAAGCCUGAAACGACAGAGCCGGCAGAGGUCUCAGAUCCACCCGGUGCAACGAACACUCCGCUCGAACAAGAGCCUACGCCUGACAGGCCAAUGGAAGAAAAUGAGCUGGAUCGUGAUGCUCCGAAGAAGAGGACAAAGGGCAAAAAAGGGAAGAAGAACGAAGCGUUCUCGUGGGACGAGCCCGAAACCAAGCCUGAAACGACAGAGCCGGCAGAGGUCUCAGAUCCACCCGGUGCAACGAACACUCCGCUCGAACAAGAGCCUGCGCCUGACAGGCCAAUGGAAGAAAAUGAGCUGGAUCGUGAUGCUCCGAAGAAGAGGACAAAGGGCAACAAAGGGAAGAAGAACGAAGCGUUCUCGUGGGACGAGCCCGAAACCAAGCCUGAAACGACAGAGCCGGCAGGGGAUCCGGGUCCACCCGGUGCAAUGAACACUCCGCUCGAACAAGAGUCUGCGGCUGACAGGGUAAUAGAAGUAGACGAACUGGAUCGUGAUACCCUGAAGAAGAAGAAAAAGGGCAAAAGAGGAAGGAAGAACGAAGAAUACUCUCUGGACGAGCCUGAUAUCAUGAAGCCAGCGGAGCCCUCCGAUCUACCCGCUGCAAUGAAUCCCUAUUCAUUGGAACAAGAGCCCGCGGUCAAGGCGAUCGACGAGGUUUUCUCUAAACAGUCCAAGAAAGACAAGAAGAACAAGAGGAGCAGAAGAAACGGUGUUUCGAGAGCCGUCAGUGAUUUUCGAGACGGAGAUGAGCCCAACAUCAUCCCUAUUGAAGUUCCACAAGAUGAUGACAAGACGGAGGAUCUUCCCCCAAGUGCCAGUGAUUUCCAGGAAGAGAUUGAGCCUAGUAUCAUCCUUACUGAGGUUCCACAGGACGACAACAAAGUGGAGGAUCUUCGCGAGAUUACCCGCGAUUCUCGAGACGAAGUUGAGCCCAGUGUCGUCCCUACUGAAGUUUUACAAGAUGACGGACAGGUAGAGGAGCGUUCCGCCGUUGAUCGCCAAUUAGUCACCCGUGAUGUUCGAGAAGCAAAUGAGCCCAAUUGUGUCCCUAUUGAAGCCCUACAAGACGACGACAAGAUGGAGGAUCUUCCUGCGGUUGGCAUGCCACGCAUGAGGGCAGAAAUUGGUGCACCUGUAGAGGUAGUAGAGCCAGCAGUAACAACAAAAUCUGCUCAGGGUAACGAAAAUGAGGAAUCACGCGAGGCACCGUUGGAACAGGAGCAAGACUUGAUGCCACCAAAAGGCAAGAAGGACAGAGAGAAAACCAAGAACUCUAAGAAGUCCAAUGCCUUAUCCCCAGAUGAUUGUGAAGAUCCUGCACUUGGACACGGGCAAAUAGCCGAAAUCAAGGCUCUUGAGACAGACGAAAUAGAACAUAUGACUCCUUCCAGUGUCAAGGUUGUUGAUGAGCCUGAAAAGACUGUUCAAAAGACACAAUUAGAACAGCAGGAGGAAGAUUACACGCUACCCACAAAUGAGAAGGACGAAAAGAAGUCCAAGAAAUUCGUCGCCUUUUCUCUAGAUAGCGAUGUUUCUCCCACACUUGAAGAUGAGCCAGUAUCCAAAACUGAGAAUCUUGAGAAAGAAUCGCUUAAACAGACACCCCCUUCCAGUGCCGACACGGUCAAGGAACCUGGAAAAUGUGUGGAAGGUCUUCCUGAGGAGACGAAAGAUCGAGAAGAGACCGAGGAAGCGCAACCGUUCGAAUGGAAGAACGAGGAUAUCACUGCGCAGCCUGAGCAGGAGACUGCCCAGGAGCUCAACAAAGAUUCCGAAAUUGACAGCAAAGUCAACCCGCUAAAUGCUUGGGGAGAUCUCGUCAUGGUGGGAGGCAGAGGCGAGGAACCUAUGCACGGGUACUUCGACUCUGUCUCAGCACAUGCCGCUGCCUCUGAUAUUCCUCACAAAGCCACUUCAUCAGUGGAGUCAUCUCCAGAGCAGCCGACCGUUGCGUCGGAGGAGAUAACCGCUUACCGUGCCAACGAAAUGAAAAGCAACAUCGUCUCGGCAGCCGAGACCGAUAAUGACUCUCUGUAUAGCGUCAAGCUAAGCAAGAAAAACGAAAAGAGGACAAAGAAGGCACUACCGUUGACUUGGGAGGAGGACGGGCUCUCUCAGGAGCCCACAGCUGUUCUCACUGAAUCUAGCGCUACAGAAGAUCUGGGCGAACCGUCGAUCAUCCCUGUCUCACAAGACAGCGGUUCUUGGUCGAAACCAGAAAUAUCCGCCGAGGAGAUCGUGCCUACGGAGAUCGUCCAGCCGGGUAUGAGGUCAGAAGAAGAUCAGAGAUAUCAAGGAAGUGUAUUGGAAGAUCCGCCAUCUCAAGCGAGAGAUGACAUUCAUACAAUGGUUGAAGCUGAACAGGAAGAAAGCUUUGCAAACGGCGAAAGAACCAAGACUGAAAAGCUCUCUAUCUACGAGCCGGAGGAAGAUCGGUCUGCUGCGGAUGACAAAGAACUUGCAUGGGUAACGGCUACUAGCGCUGUUCAAGGUAAUGAACACCCGUCGAAGCAGCAGCCUAGAGACGACUUGAGUACUGCAGGGGAGAUACGAUCUAAACAAGAAGAAUCUGCGGGAGGAAUGAAAAGGGACCAGACUCCCAUUCUGACGGAGUCCGGAAUGAUUGAAGAGGCAAAGGACGAGGAGUUACUCUGGGACGUGUCAGUCCAGAGGGCCGAGGAACCCGAAAAACAAGACAAAGACGGGCAAUGGGGUGAGCUUAUAAUUGGGAAUUUGUCUUCCUCUGCGGCUCAGGAGGCUGCUCGGGAAACGGCCAAAACAGUCCGAAACACGGAAUCUAUCACAGAUCUCGAGCCGCUUAGGGGUCCUAACAUAGACCAGCCGAACCCCCAGGGGGCGUUAAAAGAUUAG